AUGAACCGACUAUUCAGCACCUCCAGCAAAUCUCGUUUCGCCCGCCUAUUCGAAUUCCACCCGCCCGAGCCCCGCGCUGUUGCGCGUUUUACCGUGCGUGCCUUACAAGGUUGCCUCUUCACCCACCUCUUCUGGGAGCAUUUCUACUCCGUCGGUUCUACCGUUGGCGCAUCAAUGCUCCCCACCAUGAAUAUCUUAGGUGACUAUAUCGUUAUUUCGAAGCUCCACAUCCGGGGCCGUGGCGUGGAAGUAGGCGACAUGGUAAGCUAUCUCCACCCCGUCCAUGCCGGCCCCGGUGAGCGUGUUGUCAAACGGAUCAUUGGCAUGCCUGGAGACUUUGUUGUGGCGGACCCGGUUGGUGCACCGGGGAAGAUGGUGCAGGUUCCCGAGGGCCAUUGUUGGACAACUGGCGAUAACCUACCCUUUUCUUAUGACUCGAGAAACUAUGGACCAGUGCCGCUGGCUUUAAUCCGAGGUAAGGUUAUUGCGAGGUUGUAUCCAAACCGCAGAUGGUUUGAGAAUGCCUUGAAACCAGUGGAGGAGUAUUAG